AUGGUUGUCGCAAUUAGAGUUCAGCAGCCCAAAAAGUCAAGGCUUUCUCUCUUUCGUUUGGCCAAGUCAUCCACCAAGUCUUCGGCACUUGGUGACACCAACACCCCCCAACAGUCCAGCCAGACGUACGACGAUGCGUCAUACGCAGCUCAAGUGGAUCAGUCGACGCCACGUCAGAUGCCUCGCGCCCUACCAUCCUCCAAAGAUAGCACUCGUCAGACCGCAAGCGACCAAGUAGAGGCUCACGCUUCCAUUCAGUAUCACUACACUGGAUCCGCCAAUGCCCCACGCGACUAUGACUGGCCUUCUUCCUCCCCUGGACAUGAUUCAUAUCACGACGUCGAACAGCAGUUUCACCGCACUCGCUCCGACUCUCUGCCUCUUCACCAACACGCUACAUUCCACGAGCAAGAAGAGAGCCGCAGGCCGCCAGCACUCGCUCGAAUCCAAACAGACGCCAUCCCAUCCUAUAAACACUCUCGACAACGCUCUCAUUUCAGCAUCCCGGACGUCGUCGUCACCGCUUGCGAGGAAGAUGGCGAGCAGCAGCACAUCGAGCUCGAAUUCCCUCCCAACAAGCGUCGCAGCCACAUCUUCCGCGACUCGGCCAAUCAGAACCCAAGGGAUCAGUCAUCUUACAAAAAGAGCUCCUCUUCUGCCUUUGGCCGCAGACCUCCUCCCUUGAUCAAGUUUGAUUCCGGUGAGAUCAGGACCAUGAGCAUGCCACGUAGCGGAUCAGUUCCAAGCCUCGCCAGCAGCAAUGACAGCUAUUCCUCUCCCAUUUCGCCUACCGAGCUCACGUCCCCCCCGUCAUCCACACCCACCUCUUCGGCUAGCUCAAGUAUCUCCAAAGCGUCCACCGCCAAGAGGAGCCGCAAGGCCUCCUUUCCGCUCCUCUUUGGACGCAAAAGCCUCGAGUCUUUCAAACCUGCAAAUCUAGUGUUUGCCCAAGAACCGCUUCCAUCUUCUCCCACCUCUCCCAUCUCGACAAGCACUUCAAGCACAGCAUCGCUCCGGUCGGGUCAGCCAGACGGACUUCUCUUUACAUCGCACGAGCCUCAACCAGCUCAAUCUCCCUCUCGCGGCAUAUUUACUCGUGCACUCAGCGGUCUUCCAACCCCUCCAAUCACGCCUACCUCGCCACCGCGAGCUGUUUCCAAGAAGGAGCUCAAGUCGAAGGCCAAAGAAGAGCUUGCCCUCAUCAAAGAACUCGAACGCGUCGACAAGCUCGUCAGGCAGCACGAUGACAAAGCUCGUAAAGCGCAUCAAAAAGCGCUUGCCAAGGAGAGUAAACGAGCAGCCAAACUGGCGCAGGCUAACCAGUCGUUCCGUAGGCCGAGCGUUGAGCAACGACCAUCUACGGAUACCCUCAGCAGCGAUGGCCGACAGUCGCUCGCAUCCGUCACUCGGAUUACGAAGAAGGCCACAGUGUUUCAAGCGUCCUCCAAGGCAUCUGCAGUGGGCUUGGGCAGGAGGACAAGCGUUCGUGGUGGCAACGGAGACUCCCGUAGUUUUGCUGGAGAGAGACGCGGAUCUGAGCCCAUUCUGUCCAACGCUACCCAGUGUGAAGCACCACGUGCUUCUGCACCUUUCAGCGUCGAUCUGCCUUCAACUGAGAGACUGCCCUUCAUGCAGCCUCGUGCUGCGCCCAGACCUAACGUCUUCGCCACGCCGCAAAGCGAUACAGCGCCGUUGGCACUCGUCAAGCAGUCAGGAGCCUCGCCACCGCGCCCCACACGACCUGCGCCUGCGGUCCCUUUGCCAGCCGACUUGUCAAACGAACAGUCGCUUUCUGACGUUACGGCGGACAUCGGGUUUGUCGAAGGCGACGCAAGUAUCGGCGACGACGCGGACGAAACUACCCGUGCGUGGAACCGAAGUAGCUGGUCCGAGCUCAGCACCGGCUUCACUGCAGCCCCGCUGCCCAGUCUCAUUCCCUCGAACAGCAGCGCUUCCAUCACAGCGGUUGUGGACAGCAAACCCGCGGAGGAAGCUGAACAUUUCGAUGAGCAGCUUCCGGUAGCUCGCAUUGCCAAACGAGCCAGCGUGCAACGAGCCCUCGCUCUCUCCGACGUCUCUAGGCGCCCAACAAUCAGCAAGAGGUCUUCGCAGCAGCUUUCCAAGCGUCGAUCCUGGCAAGCUGAACGCAUCGACCCUGACGCCGUGGGCGCCACGUCGAGCAAGAGAUCUUCCGCUGCUCAGAGCUUCAAGCGUCGAAGCUUUGUGAGACAGCUCGGCGAUGACGAGGGAUGGAAGGUCGUCGAUGGUGAGCAAGAGGAAGAGGAGUGCAGAUUGGAUGAGAGCACGGUUGCUCAGCCCGAUGUCUCGGAUGCACGUUGGGACGAUUGGGUGGAGCAAGAUUCUCUCCUAGGAUCGUACCAAGUGUCGAGCGACUUUGUCAAGCAGCGCGUCUCAAAGCAAGUUGAUCUGGUCCUUGCUGAUCUCUAUUCUGCGCAGGACGAGCACAUUCGAGCACAAUUCGAGGCAAGCGAUGAUCGUACACCAACACAGGAGAUCGUCAACCCCCUUCGCAGCAUCAACAAAUCGUCACCGCCGCAGCGUCCGCAUCGUUCGACCCGACGAGCACCAUCGCCCACGCCCACUACUGGAACCGCUUCCUCAAUCUCUUCGGCCGACUCUUUCGUAUCCGACACCUCGGGCACUCGAACCACCGAUUUCACCACAUUGGCAGAUGACUCGCAGAUCGACCCUGCGAGAAACAAGCUGCAGGACAGCGGACGAGUGUGCUUCUCCAGACCCUUCGCUGCUCAGCACAGAGCGUCGCUCGAAGAUGGGCGCGACGACAAGGAGAACCUGCGUAACGAGAAUACAGAGAACGAAGAGAACAACAAGUUCAGAUUGAGCUUGAGUCCUCUUGCGUCAUUCCAGCUGGGAACGGGGUUGGAGUUCGAGUUUGUCGAGGGAAGGUUUUGA